AAGUGCCAUCUAUUUUACGGUUCCAUUAUCCUCCUCGGGCACAAGGUCUCGCGUCUGGGAUUGUCUACACACUACGAGAAGGUCAAAGCCGUCCUCGAAAUGAAAAGACCGACCAGCACUUCGGAGCUGCAGACCUUCUUGGGCAUGCUGGUAUACUUCAACGCCUUCAUCCCGUACUACUUGGACGUCUGCGGACCGCUA